UCUUAUCUUGCCGUAAACAAAUGAUACGACGGUGCUGCUAAAUACUGCGGCCGUUCAGACAUGGCUGCAACGCUUUCCCACCGCCAUAACUUCUUUUUGAACUCCAUCACACCGGAAAAGAAACAAGUCACCGAGCGAAAACCCCACCGCAAGUUCGUUCUCGAAAAUGAGCCCGGAUGCUCUGACAGACAGUUUCGCCCAGCUCGAUCCAAGAAGUUCAAAGCUUCUAGGGGACCGCCCAAUUCUGUACUCACAAGGGCUCUGGUUGAGACUGUAGUUUCUGGGUCGAUGGAAGACGCACUCACUCUGUUCGAGAAAAUGAACCACUUCGACACAUUUAUUUGGAAUGUCAUGAUCAGAGGCUAUACAGAUAAAGGGUUGUUUCUAGAGGCGCUUAACUUGUAUCAUAGAAUGGAGCUUAAAGGGGUUCCUGCGGAUAAUCUCACAUACCCGUUUGCAAUCAAAGCUUGUGGCUGUUUGGGGGCAUCGACUUUGGGAGAGAAGAUUCACGGCAAGUUGUUUAAGGUGGGAUUAGACACGAAUGUUUAUAUUUGCAACGCUCUUAUUGCUAUGUAUGGGAAGCUAGGACUUGUUGAUUUAGCUUUAAGGGUUUUCGAAGAAAUGCCUGUGAGAGAUUUGGUUUCGUGGAAUUCUAUGAUUGGUGCAUACUCUUUGGUCAACGACCAUUUGAACUCAUUGAACUGCUUUCGAGAAAUGCUGGAAACUGAGAUUCGACCGGAUAGGUUCACCAUAAUAAAUGUGCUUAAUGCAUGCUCUCUGGGUGUUUCUGUGUCAAUGGGGAAGAAAACACAUUGCAUCGCGCUAAAAUUGGGGUUUGAAUCCGAUGUUAUGGUUCAGACGUCCCUUAUUGACAUGUACAGCAGGUGCGGAAGGCUAGAUUAUGCCGAGAGUGUUUUUGACAGAAUUUGUCUGAGAAAUAUUGUGGCUUGGAAUGCAAUGAUAGGUGGCUAUGCACUGAAUGGUCAACCACUUCAGGCUUUGGGUUCCAUGAAAAAGAUGCUCAAGGCUGAUAACUUGUCAGUUGAUGAUAUUACACUAAUAAAUUUGCUUCCUUCCUGUGAGCAAUUGGGAGGUGUUUUGCUGGGUAAGUCUAUCCAUGGAGUUGCUAUUAGGAAAGGUUUUCUUCCUCAUCCAGUUUUAGAAACUGCUUUGCUUGACAUGUACGGAGAAUUUGGUGUAUUGAAAUUGGCAGAGCUGAUUUUUAAUCAAAUGGUGGACAAGAACUUGAUAACAUUGAAUGCCAUGAUUGCUGUGUGUGUGAAAAAUAAGCGUUACGAGAAGGCCUUGAAACUAUUUGAAGAACUGAUGAGCCAAAAUCUAAGACCAGAUGCGUUAACCAUUUCAAGCAUCCUUCCUGCAUAUGCUGAAUUGGCAUCAUUAAGGGAGGGCAAGCAAAUUCAUGGUUAUAUCAUGAAAUUACGAUACCAGUCAAAUUCCUUUGUUUUGAAUUCGAUUAUUUAUAUGUAUGCAGGCGUUGGAGAUAUAAGGACAGCACGGAAAAUUUUUGAUCAAAUGUCAUGUAGGGAUAUCAUAUCAUGGAACACUAUGAUGAUGGCUUAUGCCAUUCAUGGUAUGGGGAAAAUGUCCGUUGAACUUUUCUCAGAAAUGAAGAGACAAGGCAUCAAGCCCAACGAUAGCACUUUUGUUUCACUGCUGUCAUCUUGUUGCAAUUCUGGCAUGGUUGAUGAUGGGUGGAUGCACUAUAAUUCUAUGAAACGAGACUAUGGAAUAGAGCCUAAGGCAGAGCACUAUGGAUGCAUGCUCGAUCUUAUUGGUCGAACUGAUGAUCUAGAUCGGGCCGUGAGUUUUAUAGAGGCAAUGCCAGUACUGCCUACAGCCCGGAUAUGGGGAUCUUUGUUGAAUGCAAGCAGAAACAAAGGAAACCUAGAAUUAGCUGAACUUGCUGCUGAGCGCAUCCUCACGAUAGAGCAUGAUAAUACUGGGUGUCACGUCUUACUUUCAAAUAUGUAUGCUGAGGCUGGUAGGUGGGACGAUGUGGAACGCAUAAGGUCUAUUAUGAAGAAAGAAGGAUCAGGCAGAACAGUGGCUUGCAGCAUAAUAGAGACUAAUCAUACUCUGCACAGGUUUACAAAUGACGACAGAUCUCAACUUGAGUCUGACAUGAUCCAUAAUGUUCGAGAUAUUAUAUUAAGGAACACUGGUGAUGAAAAUUGCAUCUAUAGUCUAACCAAGUUCAAGCCAAAAGAUGCGGCUAGAAAAAGAGCAAAUUUACCGAAGAACCACAGUGUAAAAUUGGCUAUAUGUUACGGAUUGAUAUCUACAACAAUUGGAAAUCCUAUUCUGGUGAGGAAAAACACAAGACUAUGUGAAGAUUGCCAUAUAUUUGUAAAGAAGAUUUCGAAGAAUACCAAAAGAGAAAUUAUAGUAGGGGAUUCUAAAGUCUUCCAUCACUUCAAAGAUGGCCACUGCUCUUGUGGUGAUUACUGGUGAUUGUGAUUUGCAUAUGCUGCAGUAGCUGAAUUGCGACAGCCGUAUGUUUCACAUUCUAUCACUUGAGUCAUCUGUAUAUUCAUCCGUCUAUAGAAAUUAACAGAAUUACUAAUCAAUAGCACCAACCAAUAUCAAUCUUUUGUCUUACUAUCUUUAUAUGAGGUGAGGGUUGGAGUAGGGAUUUAGUUCUCAGAUGAAUGCACCCUCCUUUAAAUUGUCUUGUUAUCUGUAAACUGUAAUGAAUGAAAGGAUAUAUAGCACCGUAACUUUUUUAUCCUUUGGGCUCUGCUCGCCUCAAGGAUAUCAAAAUGGUUGUUGUCUUGUUGAUGAAGAAUGUCAAAAACUUGCUCAACCAUGUUUAAACCCA